AUGUACUCGUCGACGUUCGAGUGCGUUCAGUUCUUGUAUUCUAGGCUGGAGUGCGGGGGCUACAUCUACUUCGAUGACUACCAUGAGUUUGGGGAGUGUCGACGAGCCGUGAAGGACUACUUGACGCAGACAAACCAGCAGGACGUGGCGGAGGACAUGUUCUCUGUGCGUCAAGGCUUCGGGCUCGGCGUGUACGACAGGACGCUGACAAAAGCCAAGUACGAGGCGGUGUUUUGGCGGAAGGAGUGCGAGCGCAAGGAAGCGGGUAGGAGGAGGGAAGGGAGGAGGAGGCAGGUGUCAGCGGAGGUGGGCGAGCGGUCGGGCAAAGAGAGACAGAGAUCGAGUCGCGGAAGAGUGCCAGAGAUCAGCACUGUGAAUGCAGGUGAAGGAAGCAAGCGCCUUAGGCGCGAGUCGUAG